UAGGAUGAGUCAGUGCUGUCGGCAACCCUGAGGGCAUAUACAAAACAAUAUGGCGCGCUGCAUAAGAAUGACUGACAUACAAAUAAGUGAAGCCGAGAAAACUUUUAUUAUUCACGGAAUCGAAGAAAAUUUUAGAGUUGAUGGAAGGAACUGUUUAGAAUACCGAUAUUUUGAGCUUGAGACUGGUGUUGUUACAAGCUGCAGCGGAUCUGCACAUGUGCGACAGGCAAACACAGACAUUCUAGUUGGUGUUAAAGCUGAACUAGAUGCCCCAGAACCUACGGCUCCGAAGAGAGGGCGGAUCGAGUUUUACGUUGAUUGUACUGCUAAUGCUGACCCUGAGUUUGAAGGUAGAGGUGGUGAAGAACUUGGAACGGCCAUCAGUACUGCUCUAACACAGGCAUAUAGGGCUCCCAAAUGCCUAGAUUUAGACAGCCUAUGUGUUGUUGCUGGUCGCCAAGUUUGGGUGCUGUAUGUUGAUGUACUGAUAUUGGAAUGUGGAGGCAGUCUCCUCGACGCUGUUUCAGUAGCUGUGAAAUCGGCGCUGUAUGAUUUGAGGAUUCCAAAGGUUUCAGUUACGUAUGAUGAGAAUGGAGUACACGAGGUAGAGGUCUCUGAUGAUCCCUUUGAUGUCACCAGUCUCGAUGUCUCCAGUGCUCCAUGUUUUGUUACGUUAUCCAAGAUUGGUCAACAGUUUGUGCUGGACGCAACACAAGGGGAAGAGGUGUGCAGUGUCGGUUCGCUGGCAGUAGCCGUGACAGAAACAGGAAAGAUAGUGAGCCUUUUCAAAGGUGGCUCAGGGAGUUUACAUCCGGAAAACAUUAUGGACACUAUUGAGAAUUUCGCAGAAAUCUGAUUAGGUCGAAGGAUGGGAUUGGCGCAAUGUGGACGGUUACUACGACGUGCAGCGUCCAAGGAGAAGUAUUGCAUGCUCACGCAAAAGAGCAUUAGAUAAAAGUGCUCCCAACUGCUCCCAGGUACACGUGACCCUUCGACUGUAUUUACUCGCGUAUUUUGCGCACCCCUAGUUUAGCAUCAAGAAUGACAAGAAAACAAAAAAUCGCACAAUUUGCUUGCGAUUUAUCGUGCCCCAGGCGCACUUUAACAUUGCGACGGCUCUGGGCCUUAAUCAUAGUUGUGAGACCAGAACAGCAGUUUUUCACGUCUGUCUGUGUCUCUGUACUUCCUCUUAGUCUAUGUAGUUUAACUGAGGUACUAUCCCAAAAUGUUUCGAUUACCUGAAGAUUUUUGUCGUUGCAUACAUAGGAAACCAGCCAAAGAUGCCUGUGUUGUAACGUUUGUCCAUAACCAAGCUUCAUUGGGAUUGCUCCAAAAUAGUGAAUGUAAUUACAAUAAAACACACUGGUGUGUCACUUCAACGUUGUGGAGCUUAUUGGUUGCAAAUCCUAGUGUGUGUAAUUUUCUGUCAUCACUACAAAUAUUUGCAGAACAAAAACAGUCAAAGAACAGACAAAAUUUGUGACAAUAAGGUUCUUGUGGAAAUUCUACUUUUAUGGUACUGCUGAACACCAGGGUUGCAGAGUUACCCUAGGAGCUUUCACGUGUUACAUGCCAAUGUCUUCUGGAAGGUUCCACUCUGCAAAAACUGCAUCUUUGACAUUGAACUUGCUGCACUCUUUCCCAGAAGGGGUAGCCUAGUCACAUGUGACUGUACUGUGUCUAGUACUGUCUUCAUGCAUCCGCUUGGGAUUUGUAGUUUGACUUUGCAAAUGUAAGGGUUGCAAUAGAAGA